AAUAUAUUACUUUACUAUUAGCAAUCAUGGUGAAUAACAAUACUAAUAAAUCUCCUAUGAAAGAAUCUCUUGAUCAAUUAUAUGAAGUAUUUUUAUAUAAGAAGAAGGAUAUAAUAGCUAUUCAGAAAAAGCUUGGUAUUAAUAUCAAUGCAAAUCAAGAGGCAAUGCGUCAAAGCAAGGAAGAGAUAACACUUGCCGAUUCAUAUGAGUUGUUGUUAGACUUGGUGGGAGAUAUGUUACCAAUACAGGAGGAACUCAACAUCGAAGGCAAUCCCAUUCUAGAGGUGGAACUUAAGAGUUAUAAAGCUUCUACGGAUAUUUCAUAUAGAGAAAUAUAUAAUUUGCUUUUAUACCUGGAAGAGGAUAUAAUAACAAUUCAGGAUGAACUCGGUAUUAUUGGUUAUUCUAAUCAAGAAAGGGCAGAAGAAGUCAAUGAAAAAGCAAGAGCAUAUCUCCAAAAGUUUGAGAAAUUCCACGGUCCAUUAGAAGAUGUUCCAAUUGUGAUUUUACAGAAAUAUGGUAAAAUGGAGCCAAACUGGAAUAUCAUUGCAAAUUAUCUCGCAUACUUAAAUCUAAGAGGUUCUGAAGGCCCUGAGCUAAAAUCUGUCUACUAG